UUACAAGAGCUUUUGCAGUUGUGCAAAAAGGAAGCUGUGACUUCCUAGAUAUUGAACAAGAAAUUAGAACUCUAAGCCUAACGUUUAUUUUACUAUUUAAAGAUUCUGUCCUAGUAAUUGUAUUUUGCAGCCUAGAAGUCUUUAACAUCCCAAUUUAAAAAAGCAAAAUGCACAGUUUGCAUGCAGCACUGUGUCCACUGAGAAAGAUUAGGUAGUAUAAUUUUAGCAAAUGGAGUAAGCAUUUACUAAUUAUACAAUGUGUGAAUUGCUCUUAAGUGUUCAAAACACCAGAGUACAACUGUUGUUAUUGAAAUAUUUUGAUUCUCAUAUGUGUGCCUCUAUUUGUUAAUGUCUUAGUACAAAUUAUUAAAUAGCUUUUUGAUAUAAUCUGUUAGUAAUCAUUAUGAUGCCUAAUGAAUUAAUUAAGAGUUUAUGUGGUUACUUUUACUUUAUUUUAGAAAGACAUUUUCUGAUAGCUGUUAUUUCAUUUGAUUUCAAGUGGCUGCUCAUACCAGUUGUCAUUGUAGAUUGAUUUAACUUGCUCUUAUACUUUUUACCUUUGAUAUGCCAAGAACUUCAAUUGGUUGUGUGGAAAUACAAGCCUUUGUGUGAAGCAGUAGUCUCCCCACCUCAACUCUUAGGUCCUUUUUUUAGAGUAACCGCUGGUAAUAAUUUCCUAUGUGUUUGCUAUGCCCAUUCAAGCAUGUAUGCAUAUCUAAUCCAAAAGUAAAUGAGGAACUUAGAAAAAGAUUGCCAACUCCAGAUCAACAUAUUUAGAGAAAAUUGGAAAAGGAGAAGCUUACUACAGCUUUAUUUGAGGACUUUUUAAAAGAACGCAGAGUUCUAGCUGUGAGCUUCAAAUCUUGGAGCAAAAACCAGAGACAGUGCCAGAGCAAACAAGAACAGAAGUACAAAUGGAGGACUGGUCAGAAGAGAUAGCCCAUAGUUAUCUUGAACAAAAGACUGCAGGGAGAAAUAAAAGUACAGAGUCAGAUGAACUACCAACUGUGAAUUCCAAGGAAGGCAUGCAUCAGAAAUCCAAUGAAUUAGUCAAUGAAGACACCCAUGAGGACAUAGAACUGCCAGGGCAGAGAUCAAGGAAUUUCCCUUAUCCAGGUGAUGAGACAGCUGACUGCACUACUAAAAAAUCCAACAUUAUGGAACAUAGAGAAAAUGAUUUGCACUGUGAAUGUAUGAUCCCUUGUCAAGUUACUUCAGACUUAGAUAAAGAGAAGAAAAUAGCAUUUCUUCUAAAAGAAUUGGACAUUCUCAGAGCAAGCAAUAAAAAGCUUCAAGAAAAAUUGACUAAAGAAGAUAAGGAACAGAGAAAACUAAAGCUUAAGCUGGAACUCCAGGAGAAAGCAACAGAAGCUCAUAUUGCUGAAAAGACAGCAGCUCUGGUCGAAGAAGUGUAUUUUGCACAGAAGGAACGUGAUGAAGCUAUUAUGUCUCGACUGCGGUUAGCCAAUGAGGAGAGAGAUGAAGCAAUUGCUCGAGCCAAACUUAUGGAAAUGUCUCUGAAAGUGCUAGAAAAUAUUAACCCUGAAGAAAAUGACAUGACAUUACAGGAAUUACUGAACAGAAUAAACAAUGCAGACACAGGAAUAGCUAUUCAGAAGAAUGGAGCUGUAAUUGUGGAUAGAAUCUACAAGACCAAGGAAUGUAAAAAGAGAAUAACUGCAGAAGAAAUGAACGCAGUGAUAGAAGAGCGGGAUGCUGCUUUGUCUCAGUGCAAACGGCUAGAGCAGGAGCUUCAUCAUCUGAAAGAGCAGAACCAGACUUCAGCAAACAACAUGAGACAUCUGACUGCUGAAAACAAUCAAGAACGUGCUCUGAAGGCAAAGUUGUUGGCUAUGCAACAAGCCAGAGAGACUGCGAUUCAGCAGUACAGAAAGCUGGAAGAAGAAAUCCAGACACUUCGAGUUUACUACAGUUUACACAAAUCUUUAUCCCAAGAAGAAAAUCUGAAGGAUCAGUUUAACCAUACCCUUAGCACUUACGAAGAAGCUUUAAAAAGUAGAGAGAACAUAGUGUCCAUCACUCAACAAGAGAAUGAGGAACUGGCUACCCAACUGCAGCAAGCUCUGACAGAUCGAGCAAACAUGGAAUUAGAGCUUCAGCACGCCAUGGAGGCCUCCCAAGCGGCCAAUGACAAAGUGCAGAAGUUGGAAAGGCUGGUGGACGUCCUGAGGAAGAAGGUUGGAACAGGGACCAUGAGGACAGUGAUCUGACUGAAAAAACGACAGUCUGGGGAAGCAAUCACAUCUGGUGACCAGGCUGCUUCAUUCAACACUGUGUAAACACUAAAGCCUUAACUUAGCAAACAGUUGUUAGAAGUGGGACACUCCAACCACAUUCCAAGCUGAGAUAAAAUCAAAUCACAAAUGUUUAACCACUUUGCUGCUGACUUGAGUUAUUUAUCCAAAUGUAUUAACUACAGACUUUUACCAGUGAGUAGCUAUAAAGUUGCAGCUUAUUUUGUAACUAUUUUAUAUCUCACUGUAUUGAAUAUAAAUCUUUUUACGGAGAAACCAUUAUAGGUCAUAUCUUCGCAUACGGCCCUUUCUGAAUCAAAAUGCAGCAAAGUAAAUAUUGUCUAAACCUUAAUCCACUGUGUUAGGUCAAAACUUCAAAUACAUGCAUUUUUCAAUAUAGAAUUUAUUUCUUAAGUGAUGAGAGCUCAGACGUGAGAGUGUAUAGUCUUCCUCCAAUGCAUUCACAUAAUCUUUGUCAGUAUUAAAGAAUAUUAAGUCUAAAUACCAGGAAUCAAAUGUAUACUUCGCUCUAAUAAGAGUUUGAUAUUUUAAAAUUACAUUAAUCAAGGCAUGAUUUUUGUUUCACUACAAAUAAUGCAAACUGUUUUCAAUAAAAAAGAGGAACUUGUUCAUGCGUACUUUUAGAUUCAUAUUGUCAACACUUUUUAAUGUUGUGACUGAGUAACUGAACUCUAUUUAAGCUAUAGAAAUGGCCAAGUCUGUCUCGUGGGCUGGGACACCUUUGGCUUGAAAAUUAACAUGUGCUAGCAUGACUCUGAAAGGCAAGAAGUCAUCAAACAUGUUAAGUAUUAUUUUUUGUUAUCUUUAUCUGGAUUAUCACUUGAAUUUUUGUUGGGAGGGAGGGGAACCCAAUAUUCAAUAAAACUAUAAUGUAAAAAUAUAAGGAUGUGGAAAAAAGAAAACUGGCCAUUUGGUUACCUACUGUUUUAUUUAAAAGAUAAUUUGAAAUAGUUAUGGCAUAGCAGUCACUUCUAAUCAUAUGAAAUUAUGAGUAAAACUAAGAUUUAUAUAUUUGGCUAUAGGAAAAAUUUCUUCUUUUUUUUUUAGACUGAAUAGGUGAGAGGCCAGUAGAAGAUGACUAUGCCUGGAACAGGAUGAAAUAGGCAAGUAGAGAUUGAAUUAGUGAAAAUUUUGUAGGAAAGUGUAAAUUUUUCUAAGUCCAUACAGUAUUUUAAUUGAAUUUUGAGAUGGAGCUAAGUUAUCUACCAUUGCUUGUUUUCGGGACAAAAACAGGACAGUUUAUUGUUCUGUUUAUUCUUUCAUACACGAAUGGAGAUUAUUCGUGUGUUAUUGUUUUUUUUUUUUAACUCUGCAGGAAAAUGUACAGUGCUUUAUCACAGAGUGACAAAAGAAUCAUGAUGUUAACAAACUCAACUUCUUCCUCAUUAAAUUUAUUAAAUUAACUGGCAGUUAGAACCCCGUUGAGUUCAAAUUUAGAAUUUACUCAUGCUGCCUGCUUUUAAUUUUUCUUUAAACUAUUAGAAUUAGAAAAUAAGCAACAACAGGGGUUAGAAAUAAGCUAACUGGAUUUCCUCUACUGCCCUAAAGAGAAUUAUAGUCUUUCAUGGGCCCGUGACUAUAUAAAUAGAGAAACCUGAAAUAAUUUGGUCCCUGGGCUCUAAUCGAAACACGUGGCAGCUCCCUAUGUGUAGGAACAGUGCCUUUCAAGUCACACAGGUAAGUAAAGAGGAACAGUUCCUGUCACAAAAUAGUCCAUUCCUGAAUCCUCUUCAAAUAAAUCACAAGUAAACUUGAAUUUUCAGUUCAGUCCUGAAGAAGAAACCGAUGUCUCUUGCGUUUUUCUGCUUGGGGUUUUAUAAAACACACUGUAAACAUAAAGACAUUUUACAGUUUUCAUACAUCUCUUUCCGUCCCUAACUGAUCAGAUUAGGGCAACCAGUUCCUGUAAUUAAUAUCCAGAACUUUUAAAGAAUUGGAUAUUUUGAAGCUGAAUUUAUAAAACAAUUGUAACAUUUACUAUUGUGAAUACAGGUAAUCUCCAUCAAAACAUCACAUCCCCUUGAAAAUGACUUCUGUACAAAACUGCAGAUGCCAAGUAUUACAGCCAGAUAUUAUCAA